AUGGCAUUUAACGCAAAGAAUCUCACCUAUGAACGAAACGAGCCGGCUUUCCUGCGAAAGCUUCGUGGUCAGUACGGCGAUGGCGACUCUAGACGGCCGACGCACCGUCCCCGCAAAGCCAAAGAAAACGAUGACGAGGAUGCUCCGGUAUACGUGGACGAAGAGACCAACGAAGCUUUGUCCAAAGAGGACUAUGAAUCGCUACUGAAUGGCACCGAGGCAAAAGGCGAGACUGCCGGUCACGGCGCUGAAGAGGGCAAAGAAUCGACGAAUCCUGCUGCAAAGUCAGCAGAACAAGUUUCCAAUGAAGAGGCAAAGACACAGCAAAAUCUAGCCGAGAUAGGCACCGCCCAGAAGAAACGAAGGAAAGCCAAGGUAAUCCACGACGAAGAAGUUGCUGAGGACGAGUCGCGGCACAAGGUCAACCCGGCGGCGCCAAAACCGAGUGCGAAGAGAAAGAAGAUCAAAUUGUCCUUUGACGAACCAGAAUAG